UAAUGUCAUAAUAUCGCAACUCAACUGUCAAAACAUUACCUAAAAUUAAAUUAUUAUUCUAGAUUUCCAAUAACAAUAAAAUUUACUAAGUCCAAUCGAAAUAUAUAAUAAUAUAAAUCCAGUUCAAAGUUUAUAAUGUACAACUUCAACAGUCAGUAAUAACAGUAGUAGCAAUAUGAAUUCAGCAAUCAUUAAAGUUAAAACAUCUGCUAAUCUCGUUCGUAACGUGCAGAAACGUAUCACUUUGCCCGAGAAACUUAAAGGCACUAUAGUCGAAAAAUGGUCCAAUUAUUGGAAAAAUCUCUUCAUGGACUACACGCAGAUGCUACAAGACUUAAGAACGGACAUGCAAGACAAUCCAAGAAAAGCGUUCAUAUGGAGUUCUGCUCUGGCCGCUGUGUAUGUUUUGGCUGCUCGUAAUCCAUCAGAAAUUGAUUUUAAAGAUACGGUGAAGAGAGUAACAAAUGAUGCCAUCUUAGUUAGUGAAGAGUGCAGAAACUCAAAAUCAAUUGACCAUUUGAGGUUGAUAGAACAGAGUUACAAUGAAGGUGUAUUGCACUAUAGAAGUUUAGGGGUUAUAUCAAUCAUGUAUAUGUCGGAAUUAAACAAUGAAUGUGAUUUAUAUAAAGCACACUGUUCAUAUUUGCAGCCAACAUAUUUUGGAAUAUUCUCUAGAAUAAUAGACAUUGGUAUGAUGGGCAGAUGGUGGAAUGUUUUUAUAAAAACAACAAAUUAUGAUGUUGCAUAGACCUGUUGCUUAUUUACAUUAAUUUAUUUAGAAUAAAUACAAGGUAGUAAAUUGUAAAAUAAUACACAAAUAUAUUGAAUGAA